AUUUUGCUUACAACUUACAACUUCAUUCGAGUCUAGACAAUAUGAGAGAAAUGGUAUUUUUGGAAAAAUUCAAUGGCUAAUACGUUUUUCAAUUUUGAUACAAGUUUAAAUGGUGAUGAUCAUUUGCUUGCACCUGAUGAUGAUGAUUGCUUAGAAAAUGAGGAAGAAUAUGAUGCACUUAAUGAUGAAACAUUCGGGGAAGAUGUCUCUAGUUUGGAUGACUGGGAACAGCAGCACGAACAAUUCGCAGAAAUUGCAAAAAAUUCUAUACAUGGAGAUAACAUAGAAAAAUCUGUAUCGCAGUUGGUUCUUCAUGAGCAUGAAGACCGUGUAUCAUUGUCUAGCUCUGUUUGGUCAUAUACUCCUUCAGCUAAAAAUGGAGAUGUCUACAAUGGCUCAGUUUUAUCUUCUUCUAAAACAUUUAUUGAUUCUCGUGACAAUAUACCCAGCAACCUCGAUAGUGUAUUGCCGACGCCAAUAUUGCCUGCGCAACCCAAGAAAAUUUGUACUGUCGAAGAACUGGAAAAAAGUCUUAUCAACUCAAGUAAGAAUGCUGCAAAAACUCCAACUCCAGCUCAUACCUUACCUCAUCCGGCGAAUCAUCCUCAGCAAUUACCCAGGCCACUAUUACCUGUACCUAACCAGCAUCAGACACAUGGUUUUCAUCCGAUAUUGCAACAUCCCCUUCCAAAUACUAGACUUCCACCACCUGGUUUACCUCCAAUGGGUAUCCCACCACCGGGACUGCGACCCCCUUUGAACGCACAUCCAGCAAUGCUACCACCUGGAAUGUUACGGAUGAUACCACCUCAUCCUCAGUUUAUGCAAAAUGGUCUACAUCGACCACCUGGAUUUUUAUAUCCACCCCAUAAUCAAUAUCCUAUUGCUCCUCCGUUUACUUUUCCACCACCACCACGUAAUAUGAUCAAUAUGAAUCCCCAACAACAAGUCCGAUUACACCAUAACAUCGGUCAGCAUCAACAUCCUCCACAUCAAUUAAAAGAAAGAUCUAGAAUCGACAGUGGUAACUAUCGACAUCCGCAUAAAGAUCAAGAACCUAAAGAUGAAUAUGCUGGUUUAAUGUCCAUGAAGGAAAAACAGUGGUUGCUGAAUAUUCAAAUGCUACAAUUAAACACAGGGACACCAUAUUUUGACGAUUAUUAUUAUACAAUAUUUAAAGAAAGGAAAGCUAAAAAUAACAAAGAAAAUGAGCGCAUUUCCCACCACAUAAAGAGAAUACAUAGAAAUAGCGAUAGACAGGAAAAUCAAAAUACGUUAACACCAAAAGUUUACACGCCGCUACAAUUUGAAAAUUCUCUAGGAAAGUUACAGUGCGGUUCAGUGACAGCGCCAAGGAAGAUUAUCGAUAUGGAUAUUGUAACUCCAGACAAAGAUACCGAUAAUCCUCAAGUAUCUAGAGAUACAAGAAAGACCAAGCAAUUAUUGUUAGAAUUGGAAGUGUUAUAUUCGUUGCUUCUUAAAGCAGAAGAUAUCAAUAAUCCCUUGUAUAUAAGCAAUAUGGACAAAUUAAGGGAAAUCAAGCAAAAACAAAGACUUAGAGAAUUAGAUUUAGCACCUACUCCGGAACAAAAAAGGGAAGUUUUGAGAUUGUUCAAGUUGGAAAGCGAAAUUGUUAUUGAACACCAAUAUGACUAUAUCAUGAAAAUUACUCAAGGUCUUUUACAGGAAGAUAAAAUAAGCAGUUAUCUCAAUAUUAGAAAAGGAAAGAUGUUGCUCUUGAGACUUUUGCCUCAUCUUUCAAUAGAUAUGUUUGGUACACAAUUGUUAGAAUUGUGGAGUAAAGUUCUCCUCACUUUACCAGUUACUGGAAGAAGGGACACUGCUGGUGAUAAUAUUUUACCUAAAUUUUAUCCGUUUCUCAAAAGGUACAUACAGUCUAGUAAUAUGUCUGAUAUCUUAGAUAUUGUUACUGGUUUAGUGGAGGUAGUUAGACAAGAAAAUAAUAGGAGUACACCUUUAAGUCACGCGGGAAAAUCACCCUUGUAUUUUGUGUUGUUAAAUAAGUUUGGCGUGUCAGCGUUAGUAGUAUUACUAAUAAGAGUUGAAUGCCUCCUAUCAUCAGAUUCCGUAACGGAAAAACAGCAAAAUACAUGGUCGAAUUUCUUGGUCAGCUGGGCGCAACAAAUAGAAACUGUUAACAAGAUACCUACUCCCAUAGAUACUAUACCAGCGCCGAUAUUUGACAAGCACUGCAAUCGUUUUAAUAUUUUAAAAUUUGACAAGAGAUCAUUGUUGGAAAAAUAUUUUGUUGAUUGUAAUUCCAUCGUUUAAAUAAAUAUAUUAGCAAUUUAUCUCCCAUAUUUCACUUGUAACUUCGAGUUAAGUGAGAUAUGAGUGAUUAAUGAAAAAUGUGUAAAAAAAAUUAAGAGAAAAAUGAUUUCUUCAAUUUUGUAUGCUUGUAAUUUAACUUAUUAUCAAUUUUUUUUAAAUUCUUACUUUAAAGAGAUCUAUGUACAAUACUUGAAAAGUGUAAGGUGAGUCUUUUUUGUAUUAAUUAUUUUUACAAAAGAAAAACUAGAUUUAUUAUCAAAAAUUGAUAUUUGUUGAUAAAUGGAUUAGUAUGUUAAUACUAAUAUAGGCAGCCUAAUGUACAUGUCAAUUUUUAUUAUGUGGAUUUGUUUGUUUCGAAUAAUUUUUAUUGCAUGCAUAGUCGGCACUUAGAUAUUCAUUUCUCCACCAUAUCCUGGUAAUCAACUACAACUAACAAAUGACGUUUCUGAGCAAAUAAAUUUCUCAACAAGUUAUUAAUCGUUUUCAAAAUUCUGUUUUGUUAUAAAAGUGAUUAGUUUCACAUCCUAUGGUAGAAUUUUUAAAAACAAUCUUCACAAUAAUAAAUUUUACAAAGAAAAUCUAUAUCUUUGGAUAUUUUUAAAACCUCUUAGUAUAUUUAAUCUUGAAAUAAUUAGCAAUAUCGGUUAGUAGUUCAUUUGACCCAUUUCAAUUUCAUUUUUUUCAUAGUAAUCCAUGUGAUUUUUUUAGUGGCAGUUUAAGUUGACCUUAUAUUGAUUGUAAUGCAGAGUCAUUUGGACCUUAACAGAAUUUCGUUUGGUAGUUCGUUUAUUCCAUUUUCAGCGUUUUCUUGGUCAUCCUUCUACUUCUUUUAUUGACACACUCUUGAUUAUAUGUAAUUUAGCACAAAAUAUUUUAUUUUUAGUUUGACUUGAUUUGGAAAUUGGCAGAUCUUUCCACAAACAUCAACUAAAUGUGUAAAUUUGUAUCUUCUAUAAGCUUGAAAUUUCUUAUUAGUAGUUCAUUUGUUUCCAUUCCACUUUCAAUGUUUUUUUCUGGUAAUCCAUAUGAUUCUUUUAGUGGUUAACGUAACACAUUAAGUCCUGCUUAGUGUUGUGCAGAGUAAUUAUGUCUAGCAGAAUUUCUUUUAGUAGUUCAUUUGUUCCAUUUUCAAUUUUUAUGGUUUUCCUUGUGUUACAAAUAAAUUAGUAGAUAUUUUCAUAAUCAUCAAUUAAAAGUGUAAAUUUGUAUCUUCGAUGAGCUUUAGAAUUCCUAUUAGUAGUUCAUUUGUUCCUUUUUCAUUGUUUUCCUGGUCAUUCUUUUAUUUCUGUUGGUAACAGUCAAAUUAAGAUUAUGUGUACUUUGGUGCAUAAUUAUUUUGUUUUUGAUUCGGAAUGGAAAUUGGCAGAUUUUUCAACAAAUAUAAAUUAAAAAUGUAAAUCUUCUGAAAGUUUUAGGCAUUUUGUUGGUAGUUUAUUUGUUUGUUUAUCAGCUUUAAUUUGAUGCCUGUUGGGUUGAAUACGAUACUUUUUGACUUGAUUCAGAAUAGAACUCAUUGAUUUUUUCAUAGUUUGUUUUGGUUGAAAUGAUAGUGAUAGCAAAGAUUUUUUUGUCUUUGCUUUUUUUGUCUUUAAUUAUGUGAGUGGAUGAAAUUUUCCAGGAUAUCGUUGAGAAAAUUUCAUGAUUAUCUUAUUUGCUGAUGGAUAAUUAAGUAGGUCAGAUAUAAAAAAAAUAUGACAAAUUAUGUAAAUAAAAUGCAAAUUUUUAUUAAAGCAUGGUUAGAAAAGUUUCCAUUUUAAUACGUUUUUAUUAAAAGUAAAAUAGUUUUUAUGGUAGUGACAUUCACUUUUUGGGUAUUUGUAACGUUUGUUAUAUGUUUAGAAAAUGUUGAAAGCUUCAUUAAUUAGUGUAACUCCUAAAUUCUUUGAUAAAUAAAUAUGUGAGAAUUUCUAGUUUCAACGUGUAUUUUCUUAUUAAACCGUUACAAGUAAAUUUGAAAAGUAAAUGAAAAAUUUUUAGCUUUUUCUGAAAGUAUGUUAUUUUUUUCCCUUCAAUUUCAUUUCGGGAAAGACUGAAUUUAACUUGCAAACGGUACUGAAAUUUUUUUUAACUUAUUUAACGUAUUGUAUUUUUAAUUUUAUUUAAUAAUAGGUGUAAUGGAAUUAUUUGUUGAUCUUUUUCAUGUUAUGAUGUCUAAGGUGGGCUACCAUUCUGGUUAUUGUAAUUUUUUGAUUAUUCACUAAUCUCAAUACACCUAUACCCAAAGUGUCUUAAUAUUAUUGCGCUUCUAUUUUAGUCCAUUGGAACAACUGUUCCAUAUUAACUUCCAUAGUUCGUAUUCAUGUCCCGUAAAGAAGCACUGAUGAUAUUCCGAAAUUUGUGCAAUAAUCUUUUGAUGAUUUCCUCGAUAUACUUCUUUUCAGGUUUUGUCCCUUUUUGACCAUCGGUUACUUUAUAUUGGUAGGUGUCUAAACCCUUAUGCUUUUAUUUUCUCAUAUAGCUUGUCUUACAUCUUCAUUUUUUCUUUAAUUAGGAUUUUUCACUACCAAUAUUUUUGGUUUUCAUUGUGUUCUUAUUGGAUCAUGUUUACGUAGAAAGUGAAAACCUUUCACAAAUACCAAGUAUUCUAUUAAUUGAACUGAAAUCACUGAAUUUAUUUUUAAACGCGCCCUAGUCUAAAUCCAGAAAAACAAAUUAUUUCCAGUAUAUAGCCAGAAUAAUAGUCGAUUUUAUUAAAAAAAUAUAGUUUUAAGUGACAACAAAUACAAUUACAUCUAUUAUAGUGUUUGAUAUUAAUUGUUGUGAUACAUACAAAUUGAAAUAAUCGGUGAAAAUUUAAAUAAAAUGUAGUUACGUUAUUUUAAAAAACAAAUUCAGUUAUUUUUAUCAAAAGUUGUUUUUAAUCGUGUUACUAGUUUUUAGUAGUUCAUUUGACCCACUUCCAUUUUAGUAAUCAAUAAUUUUGUUGUACGCUUUUUUAACUUCUUUCGAACUUCCUCGAUUGUUUUUCUUUGGUCCUUUUAGUAUCUAAAACAAAUUAUAUGGAAUGUAGCACAGAACAACUUUGUGUUUUACACUGUUAGUAAUUAAUUUGGUCUCUGUCCGGUUUUUCUGGCCAUCAAUAAUUUUGUUGUAUGCGUUUACAAUUUCUUUUAGUAGUUCAUUUGGUCCCUUUCAUCAUUUAAUUUUCAUCCUGGUUAUCCAUCUGCUUUUUGUAGUAUCACAAGUGUACUAUAACCUUUAUAAUUUCUUUUAGUAGUUCAUUUAUUCUUUUUCCAAUUUUCAUGGUACCAACUGGUAAUUAAUUUGCUUCUUUUGGCGCUACAGACAAAAGUAAUCCAAAAUGAUCUUAGUAUAAGUUUUAAAACUUAUUUUAAUAGUUCAUUUGACCUCUUGCUUAAUUUAGUUUUUUCCUUUUAGUGUCUUAAAAAACCAAGUCAUUAUUACAUGAAAUGUAGAAAAUGAUUUUGUUGUAAAGUUUUGCAAUUUCUUUUAGUAGUUAAUUUGUUCAUCAUAUAUUGUAUUAUUUUUUUCCAUCAAUUAUUUUGUUGUUAAAGCAAGUUUCUUCAGUAAACUUUUAAUUUCUUUUAGUGGUUCAUUUGUUCCCUGUCGAAUUUUCAUUUUUUCCAAGUUAUCCAUCUGCUUCCUCAAGUUCUUAAAAAAGUUUUUGGGCUAAAUUAAAAACUCUGAUACUAAUUUUCAAUUAUGUGAUUAGUUUUUCACCUAUUAACAAAAUAAUUUUCCAGUUAAUCGUGUAUGGACUAAAAAUUGUUUCAAUUUACUUUUUUAUUGUUACAAGAAAUUCUUGUUUCUUUAUUAUAAUAUGUUAAUUUUUGUUCAGAAGUUGUUUCCUUUAUUUUUCACUAAAGUUUUAGACUUUUGUCAACUAAUGUACAUUUUCAUCACGUUAUUCAACAUAAUUCUAGUUUUAUGCAAAAUAUAUAAAAACAAAAAGUACAUUUUAAAUAUUUGAUAUUUUUGUAUUGUUUUAUUUUUAUCAUUUAUUAAUCUCCAAUUAUUUAUAAAAAUAGUGUGUCUAAAGCGGACUUUUCCCGAAGUAAGAUAUUUGUUUAUGAUUACAUCGGGAAAUAACACAUGUAAAUAUGAUGUUUAUCCGUUUUUAAUAUUUUUAGUUUUAAAUCAGAUAUCGGGAAUAUGUUUGAAUGAUAUCGUUUAUAUGAUAACUAUGAAGCUUCUUUCAAAUAGAUAGAAACUGUCGAACGUAUAUUAAUAAAUUGUUUGACUCUU